GUUGAUGACAUCCAACCCCUCAGAGUCACACCAUGACCUUAUUUGAACAUAUUUUUCUACAAUUAGGAAGAUGAAAGUAUAUUGAGACUGUAGGAGGUCUUGACUUUGAUAUGCAUUGUAGUAUUUCCUUCCUUUUGUUUGUUGUUGCUUCAGAAAAGGCCUUUGGAGAACUGGUAACAAAAUGUUUUGUGUCUCAGAAAGUAAAACUCACCUGCAAACUGGUCACCUAUUGGCUACAGUCACCUUUUUUUAUGUCAACCAGGGUAGUAGAAGUGAAUGAAGAGGGUUUUAGUUUUGUAUGUUGUCACUUUUCUCAUUUCUCCAGAGUUUGUAGGUCUGGUAAAACCAAAUCUGUCUGCUCAUUCUGACAUAAAGAUUGAAGAUGGAGAUGCGGACAUACAGAAGGAAGUUCAAAAAGUUGAUAAUAAACCACAGAUUGAGGAGAUUUCAGCAGAAACAAAGAGGGAAGAGAUGAAUCGGCUGUAUGUCCGAGAAGAGGAAGAAACAACUUUCAUUGUCAGGUUUCAGGCUUGUGGAAAAGGCAGCAGAGCCGAGAUGGACUCCGGCAGUUUGGUUCGGCCUGGUCUCCUUCUUGUCAUCUCCAUUUGUGUGUGUGUCGUCUCUGGAAAUCCUUUAUACACUACAGUCAUAGAUUGUACUACUGAUAGCUCAAAAGAAUUUGGUCCAGUGGAUGAAGGAUAUGAAGGGGAAGUGGAGGUGGUAACUGGGAUCACAGCAGGAAGUGGUGUGAAGUUGGUGCCCAACAUCUUUGACAAACACCUGGAGUAUCUGGAGCUGAGCUUCACACUCGGAGACACCAGCGCGACUGUUCGCACCAAGAAGCCGCUGGACGCAGACACACUGACAGACAGUGGCGGCACCUUGUUUUACUCCAUCAUGUGUGAUGGUGUAAUUAAGUACAACAACACUCGGAGACUGAGAAUCAAUGACAUCAAUGACAACAGCCCGAUAUUUGAAGAGAAGCUCUACAGUCAGAAUGUCUCUGAGUCAGAAUCUGUGGGAUUCGAAGUUGUUCAAGUGAGGGCGACGGACGCCGACAGCACCGCAGCGAACAACGCAAUCACAUAUUCCCUUGAACCAGCUUCAGAGGUCUUUGAGGUGACCAGCGCAGGAGCUGUACGCUUGAAGAAACGUUUAAACUACAAUUCAGUCCAGAAGUACAACUUCACAGUGAGGGCCAGUGAUCCCUUGGAUUUUAGUGACACAGCCACUGUGGUGAUUAACGUAGAAGACUUUGACAACUUGUAUCCGUAUUUCAGCCACAGCUUGUACCAGGCUUUUAUUCCAGAGAAUCAGGAUGGACCUUUCCCGACCAUCGAGCCAGAGGCGAUAAAAGCUCAGGACGGAGACACCGGGAUCAACGUGGCUCUGAUUUAUAGCAUCAGUGAAGUGUCUCCAGCAGAGUAUCAGAGUAACUUCCACAUUGACUCCAGCAGUGGAGUUUUGUCUGUGCAGACUCCAAUAGACAGAGAAGAGAUGAGCAGCAGUGUGAUCUCUGUCAGCAUCAAGGCGGCUCAGACAGACGACAGCUUGAAGACGGCUAACGCUGUGGUGUCUGUCACCAUCGAGGAUGUGAAUGAUAACGCUCCAAAGUUUGACCGGUCCAGCUACUCUGUUUCACUUCUGGAGAAUUCUCCUGUUGAUGCUGUCGUGUUUAAAGCCGUCGUCACCGACCUGGACCAGGGAGGAUUUGUGGGAACAUUGCAGAUCCUUCCAGAAUCAGCUCCCUUCUCUAUCGGUUCUGAUGGGACGGUCAGAGUGAAGGACUCCACAGCUCUGGACAGAGAGACGACUACAAGCUUCACUUUUCAGGUCGAAGCAGCGGAGACGAAUCCACCAAAUAAUGUUGCAACAGCAGAAGUCAGUGUGACUCUUCUGGAUGAGAACGACAACAGUCCUGUUUUCACCAGUGACAAAUACGAAGGAAAGGUGUUUGCAAAUCAAACUGUGGGAAUGUUGCUGGUCCAGGUUGAGGCAGAAGAUGUAGACGAUGGUGCAAAUGGACAGAUCACGUAUUCAAUCGACUUUGGGAACUCUGACGGCUACUUCUCCAUCGAGGACAAAACUGGAAAGAUCACGCUGGCUAAAGAAAUUCCCCUGGUUCAAAACAGGAUUUUGGAGUUCCCCCUCUACAUAACAGCCACAGAUGGUGGCACUACAUCCCGCUCUACUGCAGCACAGGUGAUCAUUCGUGCUCCUGGCGACUCAAAACCUCAGUUUUUACAAAGAGUCUACCAUGGCACUGUGGCAGAGGAGCAGGACCCACAAGUUCUGAUUCUUAGGGUUAACUUCCUGGCGAUAGCUGAGGAAAAACCUGUGAUUCUUCGAGUUGAUACACACUCUGACAAGUUCUCCAUCUCCUCCACCGGUGAAUUCACCACUAAGGUGAAGCUCGACUAUGACGAAGGCCCACACAACUACUCUGUGACCAUUUCCAUCUCUGACGGCGUCGACAGUGACAGUGCUGUCGUGGAGGUUCAAGUCACUGACGUCAACGACAACAGUCCUGUUUUUGCCCCCAGUUCUGUCACAACAUCAGUCCCAGAAGACUCGGAGGUCGGAUCUAAUGUUACUGUUGUACCAGCUACAGACAAAGACAGCAGCUUCAACAAGGAGAUCAGAUACUCGCUGAGUGGAGGAGAGGGGAGGUUCGAUAUUGAUCCUGUGUCUGGGAUGGUGAGUGUGGCUGCUGCACUUGACAGGGAGACCAAGGCAGAGUACAACCUGCUGGUGGUGGCUGAAGAUCAGGGUCGUCCAGCCAGGUCGGCCACAGCCUCCCUGCUGGUCCAAGUGUCCGACAUCAACGAUAACAUCCCCGAGUUCUCAGCGGCUGAGUAUCAGGUUGAAGUGUUGGAAACAGAGUCAGUGGGUAAAAGCUUGCUCACCCUAUCAGCUGUAGACCCAGAUGAAGGAGCAAACGGGAGAGUUUCUUACAGCAUUCUCCAGCAGAGUCCCUCAUCAGACCCUGCUGUGUUUGAGCUGGACUCUUCCAGUGGGACUCUGCAGCUGGCCCAGCCUCUGGACUACAGUGAGGUGAAGAUGUACAGCCUGAUGGUUCAGGCCUCUGAUGCAGGGACCCCCUCACUGGUCAGGAACGGCUCUGUGGUGGUGAAGGUGAAGGACGUGAACAACAACCCUCCUGUGUUCAGUAAGGAAAAAUACGACGUGGCCGUCUUUGAGAACCUGGCCAGCGGUGCGUCCAUCCUGACGCUGGAGGUCACUGACAGGGACGAGGGAGGAUUUGUGGGAACAUUGCGGAUCCUUCCAGAAUCAGCUCCCUUCUCUAUCGGUUCUGAUGGGACGGUCAGAGUGAAGGACUCCACAGCUCUGGACAGAGAGACGACUACAAGCUUCACUUUUCAGGUCGAAGCAGUGGAGACGAAUCCACCAAAUAAUGUUGCAACAGCAGAAGUCAAUGUGACUCUUCUGGAUGAGAACGACAACAGUCCUGUUUUCACCAGUAACAAAUAUGAGGCAAAGGUGUUUGCAAAUCAAACUGUGGGAAUGUUGCUGGUCCAGGUUGAGGCAGAAGAUGUAGACGAUGGUACAAAUGGACAGAUCACGUAUUCAAUCGACUUCGGGAACACUGUCGGCUACUUCUCCAUCGAGGACAAAACUGGAAUGAUCACGCUGGCUAAAGUAAUUCCCCUGGAUGAAAACGGGAUUUUGGAGUUCCCUCUCUACAUAACAGCCACAGAUGGUGGCACCAUAUCCCGCUCUACCGCAGCACAGGUGAUCAUUCGUGCUUCUGGCGACUCAAAACCUCAGUUUUCACAAAGAGUCUACCAUGGCACUGUGGCAGAAGAGCAGGACCCACAAGUUCUGAUUCUUAAGGUUAACUUCCAGGUGAUACCUGAAGAGAAACCUGUGACUCUUCGAGUUGAUACACACUCUGACAAGUUCUCCAUCUCCUCCACCGGUGAAUUCACCACUAAGGUGAAGCUCGACUAUGACGAAGGCCCACACAACUACUCUGUGACCAUUUCCAUCUCUGACGGCGUCGACAGUGACAGUGCUGUCGUGGAGGUUCAAGUCACUGACGUCAACGACAACAGUCCUGUUUUUGCCCCCAGUUCUGUCACAACAUCAGUCCCAGAAGACUCGGAGGUCGGAUCUAAUGUUACUGUUGUACCAGCUACAGACAAAGACAGCAGCUUCAACAAGGAGAUCAGAUACUCGCUGAGAGGAGGAGAGGGGAGGUUCGAUAUUGAUCCUGUGUCUGGGAUGGUGAGUGUGGCUGCUGCACUUGACAGGGAGACCAAGGCAGAGUACAACCUGCUGGUGGUGGCUGAAGAUCAGGGUCGUCCAGCCAGGUCGGCCACAGCCUCCCUGCUGGUCCAAGUGUCCGACAUCAACGAUAACAUCCCCGAGUUCUCAGCGGCUGAGUAUCAGGUUGAAGUGUUGGAAACAGAGUCAGUGGGUAAAAGCUUGCUCACCCUAUCAGCUGUAGACCCAGAUGAAGGAGCAAACGGGAGAGUUUCUUACAGCAUUCUCCAGCAGAGUCCCUCAUCAGACCCUGCUGUGUUUGAGCUGGACUCUUCCAGUGGGACUCUGCAGCUGGCCCAGCCUCUGGACUACAGUGAGGUGAAGAUGUACAGCCUGAUGGUUCAGGCCUCUGAUGCAGGGACCCCCUCACUGGUCAGGAACGGCUCUGUGGUGGUGAAGGUGAAGGACGUGAACAACAACCCUCCUGUGUUCAGUAAGGAAAAAUACGACGUGGCCGUCUUUGAGAACCUGGCCAGCGGUGCGUCCAUCCUGACGCUGGAGGUCACUGACAGGGACGAGGGUGGAUUCUCCAAUGGUCACUUCGUCUACACCAGUGAUACCUUUGACAUCAACAAACAGGGUGUGGUGACACUGAAGAACGACGUUACUCUGGACAGAGAGACAAAGGACAAUUACAUAUUAGAGGUGGUGGCGGUGGAUCAGGCCACAGAUGGUCUGAGAGCCACAGCUCAGCUCAACAUCACUGUCCUGGACUACAACGACAACGCCCCACAGUUCCCACCUAUCGCGGACCCCUUACAGAUCCCCGAGGGCAACUACACCGAGGAAAAUCCAGGCGACAUUGUCACCAUCGUCCCCACUGACGCCGACCUCGGCCCCAACGGAGAGGUCACCCUCUCCCUCUCCUCCCCUCACCCACUCUUCAGGUUCAGAGAGGAUGGGACAUUGCUUGCUGUUGGAGCUCUGGAUCGGGAGAGCAGGGAAACUCAUGAGCUGUUGGUGAAGGCCUCAGACAACGGCACCCCACAGAGAGAGAGCUUCACCACCAUCAGAGUGAGCCUCACUGACGUCAAUGACAACAAACCUGAGUUCAGCUCCAGCAGCUACGUCAGCAGCAUCCUGCUGAAGGACGCAGAGAAAGGGAAGCUGCUGCUGACGCUGGAGGCCACCGACAAAGACGCCGGGGACAACUCGCUCAUCACCUACAGUUUCUCUGCAGGAAGUUCCCCAUAUUUGGCUUUAGACAGUACGACUGGGGCCGUGACCUUGACCUCUGACCUUGCUGAUGUCAAAGAGGACACCACACUGGUGCUGACGGCCACAGCUGAAGACCACGGCGAGCCUCCCCUGAGCUCCACAGCCCGUGUCGUGGUCAAUCUGAGGGUCGUCAGUCUUGUGGAGGGCGUGGCCUUCGGGAGCUCCUCCUACAACUUCAGCAUACCUGAGCACCGGACUGUGGGGACGACGGUGGGGACAGUCUUCGCCUCCUCAGGAAGUGACCUUUACGACGUCUCCUACACACUGAAAAAACACUCCGACCUGUUCUCCAUCGACGCCAGCGGAGCCAUUAAGACAAAAGCAGAGUUGGACAAAGAAGAGAAGGAGUGGUACGUCCUGGAUGUGGAGGCGGUGGACACGAGGACUCCCCCUACAACAGCUGUUGCAACGGUGACGGUUCAGGUGGAGAACGUGAACGAGCCUCCACAGUUUUCCAAACCGCUUUACCAGGCCUCCAUCGUCAGCAUCGCUGUGUAUAAAACCCCUGUUGUCACUGUCAAGGCUUCAGACCCUGAUGUGGGUGACCAGGGUCGGCUGGUCUACAGUCUGGAAGACAAUACUUACUUUGACGUGGAUCCGUCCACCGGUCUGGUGUUUGUGGUGUCAGCAGUGGAGCUGGCUGGACAGAAGGUUGAGUUGAAGGUGCACGCUGACGACCUCCAAGGACUUCGAGCUACGACCAGGGUGGAGGUGACGGUCGGGGGAAGUGUGAGCAGCAGCGACGUGGUCGUCAUCCGCCUCAACCAGCCAGCUAACACUGUGGAGAACAAGAUCCCCGACAUGGAGAGCUCUUUAGUGAAAGUUCUGGGCUGGAACGUGAAUGUCGUCGGGGUGUCCAACGAUAACGGAGGAGCCUCUGAGUCCAGGAUACAGGGGGCAGCUGUGAAGAGUCUGGUCAGCUUCAUCUGUUUGGAUGGAGGGACGGUGGUGUCCGGUGAAGAAGUCACAACGAAGCUGCAGAGCCAAUCAGAAGCUGUGAGGGCGGAGCUAGUCAAAGUGUUCGGGGACAGUCUUCAGUUCGAGGUCAAGUUGGAGGUGGAGCCUCAAGGCCCCGCCUCCAACCAGGCUGUGGUCAUCGCUCUGGGCGUCCUGUUGGCCCUGAGCAUGAUGGGAUUGAUGGUGGCUGUCGUCUUUGUCGUCAGGUUCAAGAAGACGAAGGAUCUUCAGGAAGAUUCUGAACAGAGUUUUGACAUGAGCUGAGGCGGUAGAGGUUUCGACAACAAAGCUUGGAUGGAUUCUGAACCAACCAAACAGAGGUCGUCAGUGGAUAAGAAACCAGACUUCAACAACAGUGUGAGAAGCCGACAGACGGAUGAUGAUGAUGGAGGUCCCAUUUCUGCUCUCUGAUCUGAACACAGAAGCUUUCAGUCCGACUGUACGGAGUCUGCAGAGCGCCACCAAAACAACCAGCGACUUUCAUUUUGUUUGAUUAUAUUUCAUUUACACAUUUUUAUUUGGACACCACAAACUGUCUGCUCUCCAAAUAUCAGCUUCUGUUCUUCAAGAUGUUCAUGAUGUUUUUUCUGAUUUAAAAAACAAAAAAACAGAAACGGCACCUAAAAAUCUUUUCCUUCACUGAAAGUCUGCAUUGAGAUUUAAAGGAACAGUUCACCCAUAAAUGUAACAACAAGUUUCCAGCUGCUUCAGUUGUUCAGCAGAACGCUGCGACUCUGUUUUACUGUGAAGCUCCAGAACUGUUGUGUGGACUACGACACUUCACCUCAUAGCGUAAAAUCAAGUUACAUUCAUGGGUGAACUGCUCCUUUAAAGAGAGACUAUUUAUUUAUUGCCUUUAAGUGGCCGCUGAAUAUGUGGAUAACAGCUUUAAAUAAACUCAUUAGUAAUUAAUUAAUCUUUGACCAUCAGGGCAAAGAAAUUAAUGAUCAGUUAUUGAGCAGAAA